AUGGGCUGCGUCGGCGGUGGCGCGGAUCAGGAGGGCCGCGAGGCCCGUAAGGUUAACAAGCAGAUUGAGGAGCAGUUGGCCAAGGAUAAACAGGUGAUGCGAGCAACUCAUCGGCUGCUCCUGCUCGGCGCCGGAGAGAGUGGCAAAAGCACGAUUGUGAAGCAGAUGCGCAUUCUGCACAUCAACGGAUUCAAUGCGGACGAGAAGCGGGAAAAGAUCAAGGAUAUUCGGAGGAAUGUGCGCGAUGCGAUGCAGGUAAUGCUAAAAGCAAUGGAAGAAAUCGACCCGCCAAUCGCCCUCGACCAGCCAAGCACCGCUGCCAGCAGAGACUACGUGAUGAGCGUCACCAACGAUCCAGAAGACAAUUAUCCACCAGAGUUCUACGAUCACAUCCUCGUCUGCUGGAAGGAUAAGGGAGUCAUCGCAUGCUUCGAGAGAUCCAGCGAGUACCAACUCAUCGAUUGCGCACAAUACUUCCUCGACAAAGUCGACAUCGUCCGCCAGAACAACUACGAUCCAUCCGAGCAAGAUAUCCUUAGAUGUCGUGUCAUGACCACCGGAAUUUUCGAGACCAAAUUCGAAGUCGACAAAACUCCGCGAAUCGCUUGCCCUAUUCAAAAACAUCUGGAACAACAGAUGGCUGAAAACCAUCUCGGUCAUUUUGUUCCUCAACAAACAGGACUUGUUGUCCGAGAAGAUCAAAGCCAGCGCUAUUUGCUCGAGUCGUUCUUCCCCGAAUUCGAGGGAUACAAUCUGCCAAACGACGCCGUCUAUGACAACCAGGAAGAUCGUGAUGUGGUUAGAGCCAAGUAUUUCAUCAGAGGAGAGUUCUUGAGAAUAUCGACCGCCAACAGCGACGGUCGCCACCACUGCUACCCACACUUCACGUGCGCCGUCGAUACGGAGAACAUUCGUCGUGUGUUCAAUGAUUGUCGCGACAUCAUCCAACGUAUUCAUCUCCGACAAUACGAGCUGCUCUAA